AUGCAUCUUCCGAAGUAUUGGAAUUACGAUAUACUUUUCUGGUGGAUAAGUCCAAUAUUAAAAUUAGGUUAUAAACGUCAAUUAGAAGAAGGUAACUUAUUCGAAUUAUCGCCGGAUGAUGAAUCACAACUGUUAUUAAAUCGAAUUGAAACAGAAUGGAAUGAGAAGAACGUUCAACGACGAAAAGAUAAGAAAAGGAGGAUAAGAAUAUGGUCUGUUAUCUUAAGUACAUUUUGGAAAGAAUUUUUACUAAGUGGUUUAAUUUUAAUUCCAUUUCUGUUAGUACGUAUAGCACAGCCUUUACUUUUAAAAGAAAUUAUUCUUAUAAUAUCGUCAUCAAAUUCCAACCAAUUGUUAUCACCAGUACGUGAUGGUUACUUGUACGCAGUUGGUCUAAGUUUAGCAAUACUAUGCCAAAUAUUUUUACAUCAACAAUACUUUUUUCGUACAACUCGUCUUGGUAUGCAACUACGUAAUGCCUUAUCUGCAUUAAUCUAUAAACGUAUGUUAAAAUUGAAGCAAAAUUCAUUGCAGAAGACAACAACGGGUGAAAUUGUUAAUUUAAUAUCAAAUGAUAUCGGUAAAUUUGAACAAUGUUGUGCAUAUUUUCAUUUUCUAUGGGAAGUACCGUUGGAAGCUAUAGUAUUUUUUAUAUUAAUUUAUCUACAAAUUGGCUUGUUUCCAACACUCUUUGGUUAUGCUAUCAUCUUAUUCUUAGUUUUAUUACAAAUAUUAUUUAGUAAAAUGUUUGCAAAAUAUUGUCGUCAAACUGCAACAUGGACUGAUAAACGUGUGAAAUUGAUAAAUGAAAUUCUCAUGGGUUGUGAAAUUAUUAAAAUGUAUUCAUGGGAAAAAUCAUUGGAAAAUGUUGUCUGUAAUGAAUUACGUCAAAGAGAAACGAAAUCUAUAGAGCGUGCUAAUCGUCUACGUGCAGUUAAUAUGGGUUUAUAUUUUUCAUAUUUAUCAUUUACUGCUCUUGCUACGUUUGGCGGUGGUCUCUGGCUAAUGAAUCGUCCUCUUUUACCAACGACAUUGUUUACAACGUUAGCAUUUUUCGCUAUACUACGUUUUCCUUUAACAUCGUUUUUCCCUACAACGAUUGAAAAAUUUAGUCAAACAUUAAUUGCGACAAGACGCAUUGAUACAUUUAUGAACCUGAAUGACGAUACAGAAGAAAAGGAAAAGAAUACGAAAGAGACAAAUGCUGAAACAGGAACAAUUUUAAUUGAAAAAGCUUCAUUUGCAUGGGACAAUGUCUCUGCUCCUCAACUUCGGGAUAUUAAUUUAAACAUAAACUCUGGCGCACUCGUCGGUAUUCUAGGUACAACCGCUAGUGGUAAAUCGUCAUUAUUGUCAGCUAUCUUAGAUGAAAUGAUCAUGUCAAAGUCUAGUGAUAGUAAAAAACUGGUCAGUGGUCAGUUUGCCUAUGUAUCACAAAGUGCUUGGAUCUUCCCUGGCACAAUCCGUGAGAAUAUUUUAUUUGGAAAAGUAUUAGAUGAAUUAAAAUAUAGACAAGUUAUUCUAGCAACGUGUUUAAAAGACGAUUUAAAACAGUUUGAACCGGCUGGUGAUUUAACUGUCAUCGGUGAUAAAGGUGUGAAUUUAAGUGGUGGACAAAAGGCAAGAGUUAAUUUAGCACGUGCACUCUAUUGUUUAAAUGAUGCAAAUAUUUUCCUAUUUGAUGAUCCUCUGGCUGCGGUUGAUAGUAAAGUUGCAGAAAAAAUCUUUACAAAAUGUAUUAGUAACAACGGGCUCUUAAAAAAUAAGACACGUCUUCUUGUUACACAUCAAAUACAAUUUUUACCACAAACUGAUUACUGUCUUGUACUAGAUAAUGGUAAAAUAAAGAAGCAAUGCCAUUUCAAUGAGCUAUUAGAAACGGACAUUGACAUUAAACAACUUUAUGAACAACAACAUACGACUGAGGACAAUAAAAAUAAUAGGAAACAACGUGGCAGAGCGAUGUCAAUAACUAGUGUAACGGAUACUGAUGACAUAAGAACAGAUAGAAGUAUGACGGCGACGAGUGUAACUAGUGCGGGAAUGUUUGAAAUGUCUACCAUUGAAGAUGAAAAUAGUAUUGUUAAAACUGAACAAUCAUCAGCAUCUAGCGGCCGUGUACAAGGUAAAGUCUGGCUGAAACUGUUUACUUUAGGUUACGGAUGGUUGGGUUUUAUAGUAUUUAUUUUUCUGAUGAUUGCGGGUGAAGUUUUAUUUGAUGUUACAAAUCGUUGGUUAAGUUUAUGGUCUGCAAAAUCAUUUGAAAAGCAACGUGAAGUAUACAAUGCUGCAGUGUAUUUAGGAUUGAGCUUAGCUACAUUAUUAAUAUCACUAGUUCGUUCCAUUUUCUUUUUUCAAUUAUUGCUGAAUAGUUCAACGGUACUACAUAAUCAAAUGUUUAAAGGUGUAUUGUAUAGUUCCCUACGGUUUUAUGAAUCAAACCCAAUUGGUCGUGUAUUGAAUCGUUUCAGUAAAGAUCAGCAAACAGUUGAUGAAUUAUUACCAAUGACUUUCUAUGAAUCAUUACAAUCUUUGACAAUGACAAUUGGCAGUCUAGUUAUUAUUGGUAUUGCUAAUCCAUGGGUAUUAUUUAUUCUACUGUUAAUUAUACCGGUAAUUCUAUGGUUACGUCACUAUUCCGUACGUACAUCAACGGAAAUUAAACGUCUUGAUAGUAUGACGCGUAGUCCAAUCUAUUCGCUCUUUUCAUCAUCUUUAAGUGGCAUACCGAUUAUACGUUCAUAUAAAGUUGAAUACUAUUUAAUCGAUCAAUUUUUGAAAAAUUUAGAUCGGAACACACGUACAUCAGUUAUAUUUCUAGGUGCAACACGUUGGUUCGGAUUGAGAAUUGAUUCAAUGACAUGUUUAUUAACACUUUUAACAGCAAUAUUAUCCGUCGGAUUACGUACAAAAUUAAAUCCAGCAUCAGUUGCAUUAGCACUUACCUAUUGUAUAAAUCUUACCGGUGUGUUCCAGUGGGCUGUCCGUCAGUCGGCUGAAACCGAAAACUAUAUGACAAGUACAGAACGUGUCUAUGAAUACUCACAACUUCCAUCAGAACCUGAUCUACUUCACACCACCAAUGCAUUAUCGGUUGUCGGCAGUACCACAAGUAGCUGGCCACAAAGGGGUGAAAUUGAAUUUCAGAAUUAUAAAUUACGUUAUCGUCCAGAACUGGAUUUUGUUCUCAAAGGUUUAAGUGUUAAAAUCGAUUCAAACGAAAGAAUUGGUAUUUGUGGCCGUACAGGUGCCGGGAAAUCCUCAAUAUUUCAAGCCAUAUUUCGUCUCACAGAUAAAACAACAUGUACCGAUGGACAAUUAUUAAUUGAUGGUAUAGAUAUCAAUACAUUGAGUUUAAAUCAAUUACGUUCAGCACUGAAUGUUAUACCACAAGUACCCGUACUAUUUAGUAAUACGUUGAGAUAUAAUUUAGAUCCAUUCAACACGUAUACAGAUGAACAGUUGUGGCAAGCACUAGAAGAUGUGCAAUUAAAAGAGACCGUAAUAAAUUUAAGCGGAAAAUUAGAAACACAAGUUGCUGAGUAUGGACAAAAUUUUAGUGUUGGUGAAUGUCAGCUGAUAUGUAUUGCUCGUGCUAUAUUAAAAUCACAAAGUAGUAAAAUCUUAUUAAUUGAUGAAGCAACGGCCAAUGUCGAUAUUCGUACAGAUCAAUUAAUACAACGUAUUAUACGUGAAAAAUUUAAAAAUCAAACAGUUCUGACAAUUGCACAUCGUCUACAUACAAUAGCUGAUAAUGAUAAGAUAUUAUUGUUAGAUAACGGCAAAGUUUUAAAUUAUGACGCGCCCAAGAAUUUAUUAUUUUUAAAACAAACACAGCACCAGUCAUCACUACCAACAGAACAGAAUAGUGAAACUUACAAUACAUAUCUUUAG